GGAUAAACACUUUGGUAACAAACGAACCCAGGACCAUCACGUGAUCGGAAAAACCACACAUUUCUCAAGGAGGCUUACGUACCUCAGCAAAAUGCAGACCGAGAUAGGACUGACGUUUGACUCAACUGACUCAACGCACACAUCCUCAUCAUGAGCAUCAGGAGGGGCUUCAAGAAUUCCUCAGUCGUUGAGAUCAUCGCCUUCUUCGUCCUUUUAAUAGCCAACGGCCUUAGCAUGUUCGCCUUCUCCACCACCUCGUGGGCCUACAUCGACAACAAGGUCUUCAACUACCAGGGCUACGGGCUGUGGCGGAUCUGCGCCACCACAGGGUCCUGUUCGCUUCUCGAUGGCACUCGAAGUGAAUGGUAUAUGAAAGUUCAGGCGUGUGGCAUCUUUGGCAUGUUGGGGAUCAACAUCGCCCUGUUACUGGUGAUUUCUUACCUGUUUGUGGAAUGGUGGCAGAAGGACAUAGAGCUAGAAGUGGCGGCCAUUCUGUGCAGCUUCGCAGGAGCAGUCUUCUACGGACUCGCGGUGUCCAUCUACAAGGAAGAGAUGCCCAACUGGGUGGGGUUCAGGACUGAUCUGGAAUUUGGUAAUUCGAUGACGAUGGCCAAGUCUGCCGCGGUUGUCAGUGCAGUAGGUGGAGGUUUACUUCUCUACGAUGUCAUCAAGAAGCGGGAUUCAUUAACUGUUUGAAAUGAUGAAGAGGGCUGACAUCAAUAGGUGACAACAGCGAACAGUAUGAUUGGUGAGGGCUGAAGCAUAUGCCACGUCCUCUACCACAUCUGUCCCUGGAGCAGCAGAAUUUCAUCACUGUAAUUGAGGAACUGACGGGGUCACAAGAUUGACAGAUUGUUUUCACCAGUACUGGCAGACCAAACUCAAUUCAAGCGCCAGUUAUGAAACGUACAGAUCCUUUAAAUAUCUCUUAUUCCAGUCUAGCUUUCUUACACACAUAACCUAUAUAGUUCAUUGUAUGAGUCUUUCAUUUUGACUCAUC